UACUGCGUCCAUCGGCCAACACUGCCUCAACAGCAGAGCAAGGAGAUUUCUUUGUGUCUCUGAAACUACAUGUCCCAUAAGGCAUUGCGAGACAAUUACACAGAAUAGAAAAUGCUUUACAAAAUGUUUCAACAUCGUUUUUCCAUACGGUAUAGGACUUUUGUAAAUCCCCAUAUGUUUACGUACAUAUCGCCGAGCUAACGUCAACGACAUUAGAACUAGUUAACAACCGUUUAAGUACGUCACGUGUCAGCCGACGUCACAUCGACGCUCCAGUGCAGCUAGCUUGUGUAUCUAAUGACGCUAGCCUCGCGGACGUAACGAUGGCAUACGGAUCAAUAACAACGUUUAUGAUAAUAAUCCCGCUGCAGCUGCAGUGAUGAAAUCAUGGCUAAAACACAGGCGGCUGCGGUGGAGGAUCCAGCGGAGGAGCCUCCCUCCGCGAUGUGGGGACUAGACCCGGUGUUCAGUGCCUUCGCCAGGCUGUUUGUCAGAGAUAUCCUGCACAUGACUGAGUCCACACAGGUGCCAGGUAUUUACUUCUACAAUUCACACCCAAUAUACAAAGUUGAUGUACUUGGGACAGUAGUGUACAAGAGGGAAAGAGAGGACUUCUUCUGUUAUGGAGUGGAUGAUGGGACUGGUGUCAUAAACUGCCUGUGCUGGAAAAAUGACCGUUUGAAAGAAGAGGAGGAUCCUAAUAAAUCUGAGGGGAAGCACAGUGAUGCAGCUCAGGGAGCCUUCAGUCCGGUCAUUGAGUUGAAGAAACUCAAACAGGCCCAACAGAAACUCUGCUGCCUGGAGAUAGGAGAGCUGCUCCGAGUCAGAGGGCCAGUCAAGACUUCGAGGCAGCAGAGAGAAAUCAUGGCUUCCGCCUACUAUAAGGUGAACGAUCCAGUCAUGACAGCCCAGAUAGCAUGGAUGAUGGAGGUUCCUCAGCUGUACAGACUGUGCUAUGACAAGCCACUGCUACAUAGUGCAACAAGUGUUACAGCACUCACUCCCAUCAGCAAAGCCAAAGACAUCAUCCAGACUUUCUUUAAGCAGAGGUCAGUGAGUGUGUUCAGGCCCUAUGACGUCCAGGACCUCCUGCAGCCUCUCAUCUCCUGCCAGACCCAGACAACAUCUGUUGAUGAGGAGCCAGUGGCGGGUCCAUCUGUCUGCCAGCAGCUACGCCAGCUUCUGAGGGAAACCUUGGAAAUCCUACACAAGGAGGGCAUCAUUUACCGCAAGGUGAAGUCACAGGAUGAAGUCUAUCAAGUGACCGCACAGGAUAAAGAUCUGCUCAUCACUGUCAAAGACAUAAUCAGAGAAGACUCAAAGAGAGAGAAAUAUGCAGAGAAAGGUUGCCACAUUCUGCACAUCCUGUCUGCAGUCAGACAGAGGUUCAGCCUCAACGUGAACAGAGCAGCACUGGAGCGGGUCCUCAAAUCCUUGGAGUGCAACAGUGACAUCAUCAGCACCAGUGGCGACCACUACACCAUGUUUUAAGGAUUUCCUGUGGACACACUGUUAGCAGCAGGCUUUAUUGGUCCAUAAUGUGAGCGACCACAGUAAAUCAUAUUUGUAAAUUAUAUUGUGUUUUAUUGUGCUGUUCUAUGAUGGAAGACUUUGAAUACCAAGUUAAAUAAAAAUCUAAUAAACAUGUCAAAUAAAGAAAUGC